UGUCUCUCCCACGACGUUAUUCCUAUAUUCCGUCAAUUUAGCUUGAAAGUUGUGAUCCCUUUCUUCUAGCAUUGAAGUCGCGACUACUUUGUUGAAAGAUGUCGUCUGGAACCGCUUUGCUUUAUGACGAGGAGAUGACCCGCUACAAACUGUUAUGGGUUGAGUACGUCUGCUUCCUGAUUGUGCAUUAUGUUGUUCAACCACUGAUAACUAUCGUUCUAUGAUGUGUACGUAUGAGUGAGCGAGCCAAAUCAAAAUCAAAUCACAUUUUAUCGGUCGCAUACACAUAUUUAGCAGAUGUUAUUGCGGGUGUAGCGAAAUGCUUGUGUUCCUAGCUCCAACAUUGCAGUAAUGUCUAACAAUACACACUAAUCUAAAAGUAAAAUAAUGGAAUUUAGAAAUAUUAGGACGAGCAUGUGUAGGGUGAGUGUACGUGUUCAUAAGUGUUUGAGUGCACACUGUUAGCUGGGUCAUUCCUGUUAUGCGGUGCCUUUUCUGUCCCCAGGGAAGAACACCUCUUAUUUAGUGUAAAAUGUGGAUUCCAAAAUAUAAAGUUAGGUGUUCUUUACCAUAAAAACACAAAGAUAUGGAUCUCAAGGGGAAUUUUAUGAAUCUUUACAAUUUUGUUUUCAGUGGAUGUAGGCGUUUUUGCCAUGUCCCUGAUUUCACUUUCCACGCUGUUAGUUUGUAGUAAAUCAGCCCCUUCCCAUAAUGACAUCACAUUCAGGAAGUGAAUGGCGGGAAAACAGCAGUGCUAAGUAUCAACACUCGGUUUUAUCUAUAUUUUAAUGUUUCAUGAUGUUGGUCAGUAUGUCUCACUCUUACAUUUCCACCCUAUUAGGGUACAUUAGAUGAACAUGUUAUACAAUUUUAGAAUUUAAAAAUAUGUUUGACAAAAAAGUUAACAUUCUCUUCAACUGUUUACCAUUUAUGUUAGCGAUAUCUUGAUCACUGACGGUGGCAGGCUAAUUUAGCCUCCACAUUUCCACCCUGUUAGGUUCCACCCUGUUAGGCAUAUGCACCUAACAUGGUGGAACAUGUACCUAAUAGGGUGAACAUUUUGUCAGAAAAUAAAUUACUUGUGGCAAUAUUUAUUACCAUUUACAUAAUACAAUACAUUUAUAUUUUACGUAUAUUUAGCCUUUACAGCCAUGGGCUUUUAUCCCCCAAAAACUGCAGUGAAAGGCACAAUGAAGAUGCAUCAAGUGAUAAGUGUGUUGCCAGGUCACAUCAAGUACAGAGACAUAACCUGUCUCUGCCAAAUAGAUGAGGGGGUCAUGGACUGUCCCUGCUUUGAGUUAAAAUAAGCAACUAGAAGCUGCUGAGGCUUCAAGAUCAACCUAGAAGCUGCUGAGGCUCCAAGAUCAACUCUAGAAGCUGUUGAGGCGCCAAGAUCUGUGUGCACCAUUGAAAUCCUGUGGCGACCAGAGGCCAUUCACUCUCAACAUAUUGGUCAGUGGUGUGUGGUGUCCUAUGACAAUGAGCCAUACCCAGGAAUCAUAACAUAUGUGGAGGAGGAUAACAUCCAGGUCAAGUGCAUGCACCGUAAUGGAAUAAACAAAUUAUUCUGGCCAAGCCCACGCGAUGACAUCAGCUGGUACGCUGACCACCAGGUAGUAUGCCUGAUCCCCGAGCUUGGGGUUACAUAAAAGGUACAUAAAAGACCACUUUGGAAACCAUUGAGCUACAACUGGAGAAAGGGGACUUGCAGUAUGUGGACGGGGGGCUGGAGAGGAGUGGAGAAAAGGGUUGAGUUGGAAGGGUUUUAGAAGGGAGUGAAGUGGAGGAGAGAGAGAGGAAAGAAGGGGAGGGGGGGCACUUUUUAAACGUUCAUGUAUCCUUAUACAGUUGAAGUCGGAAGUUUACAUACAUCUUAGCCAAAUACAUUUAAACUCAGUUUUUCACAAUUCCUGACAUUUAAUCCUAGUAAAAAUUCCCUGCCUUAGGUCAGUUAGGAUCACCACUUUAUUUUAAGAAUGUGAAAUGUCAGAAUAACAGUAGAGAGAAUUAUUUCUUUCAGCUUGUAUUUCUUUCAUCACAUUCCCAGUGGGUCAGAAGUUUACAUACACUCAAUUAGUAUUUGGUAGCAUUGCCUUUAAAUUGUUUAACUUGGGUCAAACGUUUCGGGUAGCCUUCCACAAGCUUCCCACAAUAAGUUGGGUGAAUUUUGGCCCAUUCCUCCUGACAGAGCUGGUGUAACUGAGUCAGGUUUGUAGGCAUCCUUGCUCGCACACACUUUUUCAGUUCUGCCCACACAUUUUCUAUAGGAUUGAGGUCAGGGCUUUGUGAUGGCCACUCCAAUACCUUGACUUUGUUGUCAUUAAGCCAUUUUGCCACAACUUUGGAGGUAUGCUUGGGGUCAUUGCCCAUUUGGAAGACCCAUUUGUGACCAAGCUUUAACUUCCUGACUGAUGUUGCUUCAAUAUAUCCACAUCAUUUUCCUUCCUCAUGAUGCCAUCUAUUUUGUGAAGUGCACCAGUCCUUCCUGCAGCAAAGCACCCCCACAGCAUGAUGCUGCCACCCCCGUGCUUCACGGUUGGGAUGGUGUUCUUCAUCUUGCAAGCCACCCCCUUUUUCCUCCAAACAAAACGAUGGUCAUUAUGGCCAAACAGUUCUAUUUUUGUUUCAUCAGACCAGAGGACAUUUCUCCAAAAAGUACGAUCUUUGUCCCCAUGUGCAGUUGCAAACCGUAGUCUGGCUUUUUUAUGGUGGCUUCUUCCUUGCUGAGCGGCCUUUCAGGUUAUGUCGAUAUACAGUGGGGAGAACAAGUAUUUGAUACACUGACGAUUUUGCAGGUUUUCCUACUUACAAAGCAUGUAGAGGUCUGUACUUUUAAUCAUAGGUACACUUCAACUGUGAGAGACGGAAUCUAAAAAAAUCCAGAAAAUCACAUUGUAUGAUUUUUAUGUAAUUAAUUUGCAUUUUAUUGCAUGACAUAAGUAUUUGAUCACCUACCAACCAUUAAGAAUUCCAGCUCUCACAGACCUGUUAGUUUUUCUUUAAGAAGCACUCCUGUUCUCCACUCAUUACCUGUAUUAACUGCACCUGUUUGAACUCGUUACCUGUAUAAAAGACACCUGUCCACACACUCAAUCAAACAGACUCCAACCUCUCCACAAUGGCCAAGACCAGAGAGCUGUGUAAGGACAUCAGGGAUAAAAUUGUAGACCUGCACAAGGCUGGGAUGGGCUACAGGACAAUAGGCAAGCAGCUUGGUGAGACGGCAACAACUGUUGGCGCAAUUAUUAGAAAAUGGAAGAAGUUCAAGAUGACGGUCAAUCAACCUCGGUCUGGGGCUCCAUGCAAGAUCUCACCUCGUGGGGCAUCAAUGAUCAUGAGGAAGGUGAGGGAUCAGCCCCCAACUACACAGCAGGACCUGGUCAAUGACCUGAAGAGAGCUGGGACCACAGUCUCAAAGAAAACCAUUAGUAACACACUACGCCGUCAUGGAUUAAAAUCCUGCAGCGCACGCAAGGUCCCCCUGCUCAAGCCAGCGCAUGUCCAGGCCCAUCUGAAGUUUGCCAAUGACCAUCUGGAUGAUCCAGAGGAGGAAUGGGAGAAGGUCAUGUGGUCUGAUGAGACAAAAAUAUAGCUUUCUGGUCUAAACUCCACUCGCCGUGUUUGGAGGAAGAAGAAGGAUGAGUACAACCCCAAGAACACCAUCCCAACCAUGAAGCAUGGAGGUGGAAACAUCAUUCUUUGGGGAUGCUUUUCUGCAAAGGGGACAGGACGACUGCACCGUAUUGAGGGGAGGAUGGAUGGGGCUAUGUAUCGCAAGAUCUUGGCCAACAACCUCCUUCCCUCAGUAAGAGCAUUGAAGAUGGGUCGUGGCUGGGUCUUCCAGCAUGACAAGACCCAAAACACACAGCCAGGGCAACUAAGGAGUGGCUCCGUAAGAAGCAUCUCAAGGUCCUGGAGUGGCCUAGCCAGUCUCCAGACCUGAACCCAAUAGAAAAUCUUUGGAGGGAGCUGAAAGUCCGUAUUGCCCAGCGACAGCCCCGAAACCUGAAGGAUCUGAAGAAGGUCUGUAUGGAGGAGUGGGCCAAAAUCCCUGCUGCAGUGUGUGCAAACCUGGUCAAGACCUACAGGAAACUGAUGAUCUCUGUAAUUGCAAACAAAGGUUUCUGUACCAAAUAUUACGUUUUGCUUUUCUGAUGUAUCAAAUACUUAUGCCAUGCAAUAAAAUGCAAAUUAAUUACUUAAAAAUCAUACAAUGUGAUUUUCUGGAUCUCACAGUUGAAGUGUACCUAUGAUAAAAAUUACAGACCUCUAUAUGCUUUGUAAGUAGGAAAACCUGCAAAAUCGGCAGUGUCUCAAAUACUUGUUCUCCCCACUGUAGGACUCGUUUUACUGUGGAUAUAGAUACUUUUGUACCUGUUUCCUCCAGCAUCUUCACAAGGUCCUUUGCUGUUGUUCUGGGAUUGAUUUGCACUUUUCGCACCAAAGUACGUUCAUCUCUAGGAGACAGAACGCGUCUCCUUCCUGAGCGGUAUGACGGCUGCGUGGUCCCAUGGUGUUUAUACUUGCGUACUAUUGUUUGUACAGAUGAACCAGAAUUGAGGUCUUCGCUGAUUUCUUUUGAUUUUCCCAUGAUGUCAAGCAAAGAAGCACUGAGUUUGAAGGUAGGCCUUGAAAUACAUCCACAGGUACACCUCCAAUUGACUCAAAUGAUGUCAAUUAGCCUAUCAGAAGCUUCUAAAGCCAUGACAUCAUUUUCUGGAAUUUUCCAAGCUGUUUAAAGGCACAGUCAACUUAGUAUAUGUAAACUUCUCACCACUGGAAUUGUGAUACAGUGAAUUAUAAGUGAAAUUAUCUGUCUGUAAACAAUUGUUGGAAAAAUUACUUCUGUCAUGCACAAAGUAGAUGUCCUAAUCGACAAGAAAUGUGUGGAGUGUUUGAAAAAACGAGUUUUAAUGACUCCAACCUAAGUGUAUGUAAACUUCCGACUUCAACUGUAUAUAUGACAUAUUUUACAAAUGCUGAGUAACCAUUUUAUUAAGCCAAGAGUUGUUAGGAGCAAAAUGAGUAGGGCUGUUUAUCAUAAAAUGCCUGAUUAGUGUUUUUUAACUUGAACAAACAGGUGAUUUUCAAAUACAAUCCAAUUGUUUUACAUCUAGCUAUGUUGUUCUAAUGCAAUACUCGUGUUUUUAUGUUGUUUUACAAACUUAGGUUGACAAUGUUUUUAAAAAGACAAAGUAAAUAGAAAAUGUAUUAAAUAGAAAGUGGUUAUAAUUAUAAAUGUAAUGUUUGUUUUUUUACCAUUUCACUGGAUAAGAGCGUCUGCUAAAUUAUGUAAAUGUAAAUUUAAAAGUUCAUAAAAAUAUUUAAUUAUUUAAAUAUUCUGUUCAUUAUUGGUGUUAGUUACACCCUGUUAUUGCUUUACAUCCUGUUAUGCUUUAUUCCACCCUGUUAGGUUAGUGUUUUAAAAUCAUAAUUGAACAAUACCAUCAAAUGUUAUGUAUGUCUUUGUGGUAACUUGUAGAGAUAGAAGGGGUCAACUACAUAUGCAAAAAUCUUGACCAAAUUCUUAUUAGGAAAAAUGUGGCGCAAAUGAAGCGCGGGUUCCGAAAAUAAAAGACGUUUGGGUCAAUAACCUUUGAUGUAUAAUUAUUUGAAGAAAAUAAAGAAACGUAAUAGAGCAAAGGACAUUUGAUGUUUUAGAAAAUGUAAGGCUGUAACAUAACAAAAUGUGGAAAAAGUCAAGGGGUCUGAAUACUUUCGAAGGCACUUUACAUGCAUUGUUUCAGAUAGUUAUGUGUAUGUCCCUAACAGGGUGGAAGUAUCCCAUGGUGCAUGUGUGAAGAAUAUGCCUAUAUUUAUUAGGAUUUGAAUACCUGAGCUUGACCAAUAUGUUUUUCUGAAAGUCAAACAUGUCCUUUUUCUGAUAGUUUUUUUCACAGAAGUCACGACAUAGCAGGAAUGACCCAGCUAAUUGUUUGUCUUACUUUUUUUCUUUUGCAUGUCCUCUCUUCAGCCCGGCAUGUAAGAUCGAGGUCCCUGAGCGUCUGACUGUGAGUCACACAGCUCUGCAGAAGGAGGGUCUGGCUGAUCGCUGUGUCUCUGUGCCUGUACGCCAGGCCACCGACGCAGAGAUCCUACUGGCUCACAGGUGAGUCUAUCCACACACACACACACACACACACACACACACACACACACACAAACACACACACAUCCACUGCUCUAUGUCGUACCUACAGUGAGGAGUACCUGGAGGCAGUAAAGAAGACACCUCACAUGAGCCUGGAUGAGCUGAGGAACUUCACCCAGCAGUAUGGGGAUGUCUACUUCCACCCGGUGAGAUGACAUGGACAGUCAGUCAGUCAACUAACCAACCAACUAGUCAAUCAAUCAACUAAUCGCUGCAUUGUCCCAAUUGGAGAAGAUAUAGUGCACAUAAUAUAGAAAAGCACAGAACGAGACCUGACUAUGAGGCUGACGGAAACAGAGUUAGCAUUGUGAAACCCAUGUUCUCUGCUUGUGUUUUCGUCUCUAGAACAUCUACCACUGUGCCAAGUUGGCCAUCGGGGCCACUCUCCAGCUGGUGGACAGUGUGAUGACGGGGAAAGUAAGGAACGGCAUGGCCUUGGUCAGGUGAGUUUUAACCAUGGAGGAACAGAGAACAUAUGGGUUUAUCCUCAGCUGUUUUAUUUACAAUGCCCCUCAAGGUGUCAUGGACUUCCUGUAUGCACAGUUACAGUAUCUGGUACUCAGGAUUCAUCUCCCUCCCACCUCUUUUCAUCAUGCCCCUCCCCCAGGCCCCCAGGACACCACAGUCAGCGCAGUGCUGCCAACGGCUUCUGUGUGUUCAACAAUGUGGCCAUCGCUGCCCACUAUGCCAAGAAACACUACAAUGUCAAGAGGUGAGCAGGGCCUGGAUAGAACCCACUCUUAACUGAUUCCACUGUAUGCCUUUCAAAAUAGAAUUAGAAAUAGAAUAGGAGAAUGUGUGUUGUUUUUCUAAGAAUGUUUUUGUUUCCCCAGGGUGUUAAUAGUGGACUGGGAUGUGCAUCACGGACAGGGGGUGCAGUUCGCUUUUGAGGAUGACCCAAGGUGAGUAUCUUUUCUUGAUCCUAACUGGACUUUUUGUCUGGUAUUCCAUCCUGUCUGAUCUGCAGAUUGCUCUGACUGACGCCCCUCUCUUUCCCCCAGUGUGCUCUACUUCUCCUGGCACCGCUAUGAGCACCAAGGCUUCUGGCCCAACCUUAGGGAAUCGGACUAUGACAGUGUGGGCAAGGAGAAGGGUGCUGGCUUCAACAUCAACGUACCCUGGAACAAGGUGAGUCCCAUAGAAGUAGAAUUCUAGAAGUAAUUUUAUAUCAAGGAGCCCUACCUACCAUACAGUACUUGUUACUUUCUCCGUAGCAUUAUGCUUUCAGUUAUCAUUUGAUCUCUUGACUGAUUACAGGUGGGGAUGGAGAACAGUGAUUACCUUUCUGUCUUCUUCCAUGUUCUCCUACCUAUCGCAUAUGAGGUGAGGCAUUCUCCUGGGUCAGAAUCGGCAGCACUCACAAAACAUGUGUGAUGUUCAAUCUCUCUACAUAUCAAUCUCAAAUGAUGACUGAAUGAAAUUAAUGCUCUUUCCUCCAGUUCAGCCCAGAUUUGGUCUUUGUGUGUGCUGGCUUUGACUCUGCCAUUGGAGACCCAGAGGUAAGGCAUUCUACUUCUUAAAUGAAUGACAAACAAAUAUAGGCCUAGACACUAUUGUUAUGGUAUUACAGUAUAAUCAAACGUUAUUUUAUGCUUGUGUCCUAGGGUCACAUGUGUGCCACCCCAGACAUCUUUGCCCACCUGACCCACCUCCUAAAGUCCCUGGCUGGGGGGAAACUGUGUGCUGUCCUGGAGGUGACUGUCACUCAUAGACUUUUAUAUAUUUAACAGUGUCACUCUGUUCUGAAAUGAGUCACAAGAACAAAACAGGAACUGUUUCUGCUGCUGUUUUUUGUACCUCGAUUCACUCUAAAAAACUAUUUUAGGGAGGGUACAACUUGACCUCACUGGCCCAAUCAGUGUGCCAGACCGUCCAGACCUUACUCGGAGAUCCCGCCCCCCAAACAUCAGAACUGAACGGCCCAUGUGAGAGGUGGGUUGUCGUGUCAAUCAGAGCUUUAAAAAGGCUAUAAACCUAAAUAGCUUGUACAGUAAGUUAAAACACUGCAUUGUGUCUCUGCCUCGCUCUCUCCGUCCCUGCAGUGCUCUGGAGUCCAUUCAGUGUGUGAGAUCAGCUCACAAGCCGUACUGGGCCUGCCUCAAACAUGCAGGUACUAUAUAACAUCGCUCUCUGAUCACUCUCAGAUCUUAUCACUUCAUUUACAAAAUAUCAACCUGCAUUAUCCUAAUAGAACUAUUAAUCUUAUCUUUCUUCCCUCCCUCUCUUCAAUUCCCUUCCAGUUGCCCCACCCGUGUCUGAGCCCAGCACUAAACGCUGUAAGCUGGUAGAGAAGGAAGAGGGUGUGCAGGCUGAGGGGGGUCAGGAUGAAGAGGGUCAGGAAGAAGAGGGGGAUGGUCAGAAAGAGGAGGAAGAGGAGGUGGUGUGGAUGAAGCCUCCGUCCCGGUUGGCUCCUCCGGUCCACACUGAAGUGGCGCUCCCUGCUGACCUGGAGGUCCCUGACAGAUGUGACCGUGUGAGAUCAUCACUGGCCCCAACUCUUGAGAUACUGCAAAGACUCAGGUCUGUCCCUAACAUGUACUGCAAAGACUCAGGUCUGUCCCUAACCUAUACUCCUGAGAUACUACAGAGUUUUAAGUCUGUCCCCAACAAAUGUCCCCAGCUACAUUCACAACCCACAGAUAUAUUCAUCCACAGUACUGUUAAAGCUGCAUUAUGUAACGUUUUUGGCAACCUGAUCAAAUUCACAUGAAAAUGUGUGUUUAUAGAUCUGUCAUUCUCAUUGAAAGCAAGUCUAAGAAGUGGUAGAUCUGUUCUAUGUGUGCUAUUUCUAUGCUUCCAGUUUUUGUGUCUUUUACUUUUGGUUUUGUACACCAGAUGAAAAUACAAUAUUUUUGGUUAUGUUAAAUAUAUUUUAGUGGUUUAGAUGGUACAAUGAUUCUCUACACUAUACUUGCUUGUUUUGUCACAUAAACUGAAAUUAGGCAAACUAUUCUAAUUUAAUUAGCAACCAGGAAAUGGCGGAGCGAUUUCUGCCUAGUGCGUCUUUUAAAGUAUGAUCAUAGUUCCUGUUUAAUCAAUUUGUACUUUUACUUUGAUAAUAUGAUUAUAGAUCAUAUUUAUUGGACUCCAAUGUUUUUGGUGAAGCUUCAGUAAUAUUGUCUUAUUUUAUAACCAGGGAUAACUUUUUUGAAGGGUCGGCAGAGGAGGAAGCUCUCAUGCCUCUCUGCAGCAUCAUCGCGCUCUUUGAAAAGAUGACGAAACAAGAGGUGAGCUCACUGUUGAUAGACGUGUUUAGAAGUUGAGAGUGAUUUUUAAUCUUACUCAUCAAAAGUCGUUUGCAUUGUGAACCAUUACGUACAUCAAAUUAUAGACUGAUCAUGUCUUUGUCAGUGGGCAAACAUACAAAAUCAGCAGGGGAUCAAAUACUUUUUCCCCUCACUGUAACUGUUGCCUGUGUGUUUCUUUAGUACCAGUACACUUUGUGUUGCCUUUGUUUGCUUGUGAUAAAGUAAUGUAACACAUUGCUAUUCCUGGGGAUGGAGUAUGAUGAAUACACAGAGGGUAUUGUGUGUGUAUUUAUACACUACCAGCCUAAAGUUUGGACACACCUACUCAUUUAAGGGUUUUUCUUUAUUUUGACUAUUUUUUACAUUGUAGAAUAAUAGUGAAGACAUCAAAACUAUGAAAUAACACAUGGAAUCAUGUAGGAACCAGAAAAGUGUUAAACAAAUCAACCAGAUUCUUCAAAGUAGCCACCCUUUGCCUUGAUGACAGCUUUGCACACUCUUGGCAUUCUCUCAACCAGCUUCAUGAGGUAGUCACCUGGAAUGCAUUUCAGUUAACAGGUGUGCCUUGUUAAUUUGUUGAAUUUCUUUCCUUCUUAAUGCAUUUGUGUCAAUCAGUUGUGUUGUGACAAGGUAGGGGGGUAUACAGAAGAUAGCCCUAUUUGGUAAAAGACCAAGUCCAUAUUAUGGCAAGAACAGCUCAAAUAAGCAAAGAGAAAUGACAGUCCAUCAUUACUUUAAGACAUGAAGGUCAGUCAAUAAGGAACAUUUGCAGUCGCAAAAACCAUCAAGUGCUAUGAUGAAACUGGCUCUCAUGAGGACCGCCACAGAAAUGGAAGACCCAGAGUUACCUCUGCUGCAGAGGAUAAGUUCAUUAGAGUUAUCAGCCUCAGAAAUUGCAGUCCAAAUAAAUGCUUCACAGAGUUCAACAGACACAUCUCAACAUUAACUGUUCAGAGGAGACUGUGUGAAUCAGGCCUUUAUGGUCGAAUUGCUGCAAAGAAACCACUACUAAAAGACCCCAAUAAUAAGAAGAGACUUGCUUGGGCCAAGAAACACCAGCAAUGGACAUUAAACCAGUGGAAAUUUGUCCUUUGGUCUGGAGUCCAAAUUUGAGAUUUUUGGUUCCAACCGUCGUGGCUUUGUGAGACGCAGUGUGGGUGAACGGAUGAUCUCCGCAUGUGUAUUUCCCACCGUAAAGCAUGGAGGAGGAGGUGUUAAGGUGUGGGGGUGCUUUGCUGGUGACACUGUGGUUUAUUUAGACACAUAACCAGCAUGGCUACCACAGCAUUCUGCAGCGAUGCGCCAUCCCAUCUGGUUUGGGCUUAGUGGGACUAUCAUUUGUUUUUCAACAUGACAAUGACCCAACACACCUCCAGGCUGUGUAAGGGCUAUUUUACCAAGAAAGAGAGUGCUGGAGUGCUGCAUCAGAUGGCCUCCACAAUCCCCCGACCUAAACCCAAUUGAGAUGGUUUGGGAUGAGUCGGACCGCAUAGUGAAGGAAAAGCAGCCAACAAGUGCUCAGCAUAUGUGGGAACUCCUUCAAGACUGUUGGAAAAGCAUUCCAGGUGAAGCUGGUUGAGAGAAUGCCAAGAGUGUGCAAAGCUGUCAUCAAGGCAAAGGGUGGCUAUUUGAAGAAUCUCAAAUAUAACAUAUUUUGAUUUGUUUAACACUUUUUUAGUUACUACAUGAUUCCAUAUGUGUUAUUUCAUAGUUUUGAUGUCUUCAAUAUUAUUCUACAAUGUUGAAAAUAGUAAAAAUUAAAGAAAAACCCUGGAAUUAGUAGGUGUUCAAACUUGACUGGUGCUGUAUAUUUGUAACUGAACUAUGGGGCUAUUAUUCCCAGCAUCACAAAUAGUAGAGAGAUGGUGUGGUUUGGCCUCUGAUUUUUGGUUUGGCUUUGGCUAACCUGGCACUUUAUUAUUAUUAUUAUUAUAAUAAUAAUAAUAAUAAUAAUAAUAAUAAUAAUUAUUAUUAUUAUUAUUAUCAAUAAACUUUGAUGCUAACUGUCUGUCAGAUUCGUAACGGUCUGGCGCUGGUGCCUGAUGUCUCCGUGGCGAUGCUGUGUGCAGUGCAGCAUGCUGGGAUGUCUCUCACCAACCGGUAUACACCGUUUAUGACCUUUGACCUUGAGUACAUUCUCAAUACUGGACAUGCAUAAACCAGUAGGGAAACUGGUGGCGAACACUGUUGGUGGGUUUUUUCUCUUCACAGGUUGUUGCUGGUGUACCUGGGGGAUGGGGAGAUCCCGACAUACAUCACUGAGGACGGGUGAGAAUGUUUGCACAGUACGUUGAGUAACCACACAGUCAUAAACACCCUUCUAAACCAUAAACAUCUCCUUCACCUUUCUCUUUUAGGAAAGCACUAGUGGUGCAGAUCAGCAGUAAGGAGCCAGAGGAGCAGAAAUCCAAAUAUCAGGUUUCUGUGUGUCUGAAAAAGGUAGAGCAAAUGAUUUGGAAAAGGAAACGUACAAUACUCCUACGACAUGAUUCUCUUGUUGCUCUUGCCAAGGUUUUAUGGAGGAGAUGUAUGUUAUUAUUUUCUACCUUAUGUUAAUGCAUAGCAUCUGUUGUGUACAGUGUAUUAUAACAGUCAAUGUGUGUGUUUGCGUCCCACCACAGGGCUGCAGUGAUGUGCCAGGGUUGAUGCAGGCUGUGCUGUGCCUGCUCCUACCUCUGGCCUAUGAGUAUGACCCUGGGCUGGUGCUGCUGGUGCAGGGGCCAGGCAGUGGGGUGGGGAAGGCAGCCUGGGCACAGAUCACCAGCCUACUCCAGGGCCUGGCACAGGGCCACACACUGGCCCUUCUACAGGUGAGGGACACCAAGGGAGUGAGGGCCCCACGUUGACUUGCUAAAGCCUUUGGUCCUAGCUAUGCAGGUUUAAAGUAUUUUGAAUUAUGAUUUUAUUUUUUGGGUCAUAUGAGUGUUGCAGGGAUGAUCCUCUAACAUAUUGUUGUCAUAUCCCAGGAGGGUGAGAAGGAGGCUGUAGGGGCCACGGCAGCCUCUCUGCUGGGGGACCCUGCUCCCUCGCUGGGGCCCCUAGGGGCCCCUCUCCCUGAGGACAUGGAGGCCAUGGAGAGACUGAGACAGAGGCUGCAGACACACUGGGGACUACUGCAGACUGCAGGUGAACAGAUGAUCACAGCCUCUAAGGGAACCUAUUCAGUUACUCAAAUGGAUAAUAACAUUUUAGAAAACCGAAAUAGUUAUUAGUAUAGACACAUCAAGAAAAGACUGACCACUCAGAUUGUUAAUCCCUUUUUGUCCUUUUUAAAGCUGCAAAGGGGAAAGAAGUUGAGGAAAAAGGGCAGAACCAGGACUGAAGUAAUCCAGGAACUGAAGUAAUCCCCACACUGGUUGGGUUUGUAACCAGGGGAGAAGAUCCAUCUCCCAACCUUCCAUUUUUAUACUGUUUGUAAUUUUGGUUAUUAAAAACGAUUCAACUAUCUGUUGGUCAUUCCACUAUCAAGUAAUUGAAAAUGUCUGAAACUUGCAGCACUGCAUAAUCUCCAUAUUGCAACACAGUAACCAUGAUAUUCAUAUUUUGUUAUCUGUUUUAAUCAGUCCAUGUGUGAUGGAAGUUGAGAAAUAACUUCCUGUUUGCACAAAUGAAGUGAAGUCAUAGGGUCAUUCAGUAUUAAUACAGAGGAUGCAGCCAGCUGUUGGUCAGAAAAUAUGUAGACAAUGCUGUGAUGUGUCAAAAGCAAAACCUAUUUUCUAUGGAAAACUAGAGCAUACCACAUAAAUACUGCUGUAAAACACUUCUGCCAAAAUACAUGGAAAUGGGAAAACAUCCCGAAAUAUCCAC